GGCGCCGACAUGAAGAACCUGGGCAUCUGUGUGGCUGUGGCAGUGGCUGUGUGGUUCUGCCCUCCACCAGCGGGCGUCACGAUUCAGGCGUGGCACCUGCUGGCCAUAUUUUUGGGCACCAUCGUCGGCAUCAUCACCCAGCCUCUGCCCCUUGGCGCCGUGGCGAUGCUUGGUUUGGGCGCCACCAUGCUGACCAAAGUGCUCACAUUCUCCGCAGCCUUCUCAGCUUUCUCCAGCGAGAUCCCGUGGCUCAUCGCCAUUGCCUUUUGGCUGUCAGGCGGCUUCAUCAAGUCGGGCCUGGGCAACCGUGUGGCGUACGCGAUCGUGUCCGUCUUUGGCAAGACCACGCUCGGCCUUGCGUACAGCCUGGUGUUCGCUGAGGCGCUGCUGGCCCCCGCCAUCCCUUCAGUGGCCGCCCGUGCCGGCGGCAUCUUCUUCCCCCUGGUCAAAGCGCUCUGCCUUGCCUGUGGCUCCGACCCGGCGAACGGCACCGAGAAGAAGCUGGGCGCAUACCUGAUGAAGACCUGCUUCCAGACGUCCACCAUCUCCUCUGCCAUGUUCAUCACAGCCAUGGCUGCCAACCCGCUGGCAGUGGACCUGGCCAGGGACACCCUGGGCACCACCAUCAGCUGGGGAACCUGGGCGCUGGCUGGCCUCGUGCCUGGGCUCAUUUGCCUCAUCGCGACGCCCCUCAUCCUCUACGUGCUCUACCCUCCCCAGGUCAAGGACACCCCCGACGCCCCCGCCAAGGCCAGGGAGGAGCUUGAGAAGCUGGGCCCGCUGUCGCGCAACGAGAAGAUCACUGCGGGCGGCCUGGGCCUGACAGUGGCGCUGUGGAUCUUUGGCGGUCAGCUGGGAGUCAACGCCGUCGCUGCCGCGCUCCUCGGCCUUGGCAUCCUCCUCAUCACCAAUGUGGUGACGUGGAAGGACUGCCUGGCCAAUGGCGCUGCCUGGGACACGCUGACGUGGUUUGCCGCCCUCAUCGGCAUGGCCUCCUACCUCAACAAGUACGGCUUCAUCAAAUGGUUCUCCAACCAGGUGGUGAAUGUGGUGUCCAACUUUGGCCUGGCAUGGCAGCAGUCCUUUGGCAUCAUUGUCAUCCUCUACUUCUACUCCCAUUACCUUUUUGCCUCGGGCGCCGCCCACAUCGGAGCCAUGUACACCGCAUUCCUGUCGGUCGCCAUCGCCUGCGGCACCCCUGGCCUCCUCGCAGCCAUCGCCCUCGGACAGCUGUCCAACAUAAUGGGCUGCCUCACAACAUACGGCAUUGGCUCUGCACCUCCGUACUUUGGCGCUGGCUACGUGCCGCAGGCCAAGUGGUACCAGCUGGGCUUCAUCAUGUCCAUCUUCUACAUUGCUGUCUGGCUUGGCAUUGGCGGUGCCUGGUGGAAGGUCAUUGGCCUCUGG